AUGAGCAGAGCCCAAAGCAACGUCAAAGCACCCACCCCCUCAAGCAAGAGCGCCAAGCCCGUCCCCACCGCAUGGAAGGACAGACUCGCCGCCGAGGACUACGAAGAGCUGGUCAAUACCUUCAAAGUCUUCGAUGAGGAUAACAGCGGAACCAUCGAUCCAGUGGAGAUCAACAAGGUCCUGGAGGAGCUCGGCCUCGAUCGUAGAAACCCCUUCGUCCUGAACCUGAUCAUCGGCCUCAGGGACAAAUCCAAGCCGAUCACCCUCGAGGAGUUCAUCGACAUCAUCGCCUCGAGAGUGGGCGAGACCAAGACCAAGGACGGCCUCAAGAGGGUGUUCGCGCUGUACGAUAAGGACGAGAACGGGAUCAUCGACUUCAAUGAGUUCAAGGACAUCGCCAAACAGCUCCACGAUCCCAUCAACGACGACGAACUGCUGGAACUGCAGCACAGCACCCACGUCAACCACAAGACCUCCUCCAACGAGGGAUUCACCUUCGAUGAGUUCUACAACAUCGUCAGCAAGUUCGCCAACAAAUGA